UAUAAUAAUAUUGUAUUUUUUAUGCAGGAAUAAGGACGGAGACUAGUAAUAAAAUAAUGAGUUUAGGGGUAACCUACAAGCAUACAAUGGUGGAAUAAAUGUUUCACUGUAGUAGGCUAUACUCGCUAUAGUUAGAUCGCCUAUUCUUAAAGCAUUAGUAAUAUCAUUCAUGAUUAAUUUCAGGAACUGCUAGCCACCGGUCAGCCGGUUCAACGGUAAAGUAUGGCGUCACGUGUGGUGGAACCGUCUGAGAGGACACCCCUGCUCAACUCGAAUAACUCCAACAACGCGGACAACGACACGACUAUAGAAGUUCAGAAUUCAUCAGAAUCUUUCUCGUCCAAAGUAGAUCAAGUCGAUGCGGGGAAACACUGUGAGUCGGUGCCUACCAUCCGUCUAGAACGACACGCCAGCAUGGACCUCACCCACCCCAUCGCUCUCAGCUGGAGGAACGUCAGCGUCUGGGUCAACAUGCCCGCCCGGAGGACCAAGUUCUGUAGUGGGGAGUUCGUGCCGGCCUCGGAGAAACAGAUUCUAAAAAACAUUAGUGGCCUAGUUCCGCCUGGCACACUGUUGGCCAUCAUGGGAGCCAGCGGUGCGGGAAAGUCUACGCUGCUCAAUAUUUUAACGCGGAGGAACGUCAAGAACUACAACUUUGCUGGAGAUAUAUGUGCUAAUGGAAGGCCAAUAUCUGACGAAAUAAAAGAACUGUCAGCGUACGUCCAACAAGACGACAUUUUUAUCCCUACUCUAACAGUGAGAGAACAGCUACAGUUUCGUGCAUUGCUGCGAAUGGACAAAAGGCUUGACAGAAAAGCGAGGCUUAUUCGUGUUGAAAGCGUCAUUUCAGAGAUGGGCCUGAUGAACUGUGCCGACAGCCGAAUCGGCAACACGGAGAAGAGAGGGAUAUCUGGGGGAGAGAGGAAGAGACUCUCCUUCGCCACCGAGGCUUUGACCAACCCCCCAAUUUUCUUCUGUGACGAGCCCACCUCUGGCCUCGAUACGUUUAUGGCUCAGAAUAUUGUCACCACUUUACAGAAAAUGGCAUCAAAGGGAAGGACAAUCUUGUGCACGAUUCAUCAGCCGUCUUCAGAGUUGUUCUCGAUGUUUGAUCAAAUUUUGUUGUUGGCUGAGGGCAGGACAGCCUUCAUGGGUUCCAGAGAUGAAGCUAUUACAUUCUUCGACAGGAUGGGCCACCCUUGCCCUAUGAACUUUAACCCCGGUGACCACUACAUACUCACACUUGCCAUAGUCCCAGGAAAUGAAGAAGAAUGCCGGAAACGAACAAAGUCUAUAUGUGACGCAUUUUUGGUGACGGAGCAAGCAUCCAACAUGGCUACCCAGACUAAAGAACUCAUGCAGCAGGCAAAGGCAAGAAACAGUGACCCUAUAUUUGAAGAUAUAUUAGCUGGCAACUCAAGGUACGAAGUCUCGUGGUUCGUCCAGAUGAGAUAUUUGUUCUGGAGGAGUUGGAUCAGCAUGUUCCGUGACGUCAUCCUGUUCCGUGUUCGGAUAAUGCAGGCAUUGACUUUGGCCAUCGUACUUGGCCUUGUGUACUUCCAACUGGACGUCAACCAGAAGGGGGUCAUGAACAUCAACGGCGCCAUCUUUCUACUCAUCACCAACACAUCGUUCUCCAACAUGUUCGCCGUCGUCAAUUCAUUUCCACUGGAACUUGGUGUUUUUCUGAGAGAAUACGGUAGUGGCAUAUACAGGGCGGAUACUUAUUAUUUGACGAAAACUUUUGCUGAGGUGCCGUUGUUUGUGGCUGUCAGUUUGAUAUUUGUUUCAAUAACUUAUUGGAUGAUUGGUCUGUAUGCAUCAUGGGAAGCCUAUCUAAUAGCCGCUGGUGUUCUUGUGCUAACCGCAAACGUAGCCAUCUCGCUGGGUUACCUGAUAUCAACCAUAUGUGGCAGUGUCACUGUGUCACUGGCAGUGGCGCCACCUUUACUCAUUCCUGUCAUGUUGUUUGGUGGUCUCUUUGUAAAUAAUGGCAUUACGCCCGUGUAUUUUGUCUGGCUGGAAUAUAUUUCCUGGUUUAAGUACUCCAACGAGAUCCUAAUGGUCAACGAAUGGAGAAAUAUCGACCAUAUACCAUGUCCUAACGUAACCCUACCUGGCAACAUGACCACGCCCUACCCCAUCACCAACUGCUUGUACAGAACAGGUGACGAUGUACUAGAUUACACCAGCUUUAAAGAGAGCAACUUGAUAUUUGAUUUUAUAAUGCUCGUCGUACUGCAAGUGGCUUUUAGAAUUCUUUCACUCUUAGCAUUGAUCAUCAGAGCUAGAAGAUCCAAGGAAUAAUACACUGCAGGAUAUAUAUUCAAUGUCUGUUGUGUAUGGGUAGCAAUUCACAAUAACAUGCUGCAAAUCCGAAAUAUUUUAGAUUAAACUGCAAAGCUGAGAAUAUAUUUAUUCGCUUUUGUAGGUAUAGUGUGAAAUAAAAUGCUUCCGUGUUUAUAAAUACUCAUCAGUUUGAAGAAAUUAGUUGAAAAUAAAGUGUUUCCGGGUUGAAAAAUAUUCGAUGUUUUGAUGAACCAGUUUAAAGUAAAAUGUUACAACGCUGCUUCGAUACUCAUUGAUUCUUGGGACGUGUUUUACUGUGAUAAUUUUAUUUUGCUGUUUCAACUAAUCACUUUUUAAAAUCUAGAAAUAAAUAUUGUUAGAUUUUGGCGUUUUUAAACAUGAAUUUUUACGAGAAAAAAAAACAAACAACACCUGGUAUUUAGUUUUAUAAAUGUAUAAUCAUAUUAAGAUUUUAUAAUGCAAAUGCAGUUUUUACAAUAUCCGCUAAAAAGCAUCUUAUUAUUUCGCUUAACUUAUUUUUGAAAACCAUAAUUACAUUCUUUUAACAAAACGUAACAUACUAAAAAUGUCUUUCACUGAACAAAUGUUAUUAUUUUUAUCAGUAUUAAUCAACGUAUUUUAUGUUCGGUUUUAAGAGUAAAUAAAAUAAUUUGAUAUUAUGUUAUACCUUUACAUUGAAAUAUUUUUUUAUCAAAUGUACUUUCUUAUGUUUUAUACAUGAUAUAUUUGUUGAUUCUUGUUAUUUAAAUAAAGAGAU